AUGGAGCUUUCAAAAACCGAAAGAGAGGGCAGUGAGCUCCAACCAAACCGCUCCUCUACUUCAUCCGACGAUACAGAUUCUGAAUCCCUCGACGACCACAACCAAGAUUUCAAUGCAUUACAAAUGCAAGCAACCGUCGUAUCGAGUACGUCAUUUGAACAGCGUGCGCAGUCUGUUAUAUCCAGAAUUCGGAGCAGAGAGCCUGGCCAGGUCGCACGUUUCACGCACCCGCUAUCACAUACGAAGACGAGCGACGAUGUGAUCGUCGACUUUGAUGGGCCCGACGAUCCCUACCAGCCGUUGAAUUGGGGCUUUCGGAAGAAGGCGAUUACAACGGUUUUGUAUGGGCUAACGACAAUGGGCGCGACAUGGGCAAGUGCCAUCUACUCAACAGGCGUAGACCAAGUCAGUUCGGAAUUCGGUAUAGGCGAAGAAGUCAGUACACUAGGAACGACGUUACUGCUCUUCGGAUUCGGUCUCGGGCCCCUCGUUUGGGCUCCCCUCUCUGAAGUCUACGGCCGCAAACCGGCCGUAUUAGGCCCCUACUUCAUAGCCGCGAUCUUCUCCUUCGGCAGCGCAACCGCCAAAGACGUGCAAACACUCAUGCUAACCCGCUUCUUCACGGGAUUCUUCGGCGCUGCGCCAGUCACAAACACAGGCGGCGUCCUGGGUGACAUUUGGUCAGCGGAGGAGCGCGGUGCUGCGAUCGUCGGCUAUGCCAUGGCUGUUGUGGGCGGUCCCGUUCUAGGUCCUAUUGUUGGAGGUGCGAUUAGCCAGAGCUAUUUGGGGUGGCGGUGGACGCAAUACAUAACCGGCAUAAUGAUGAUGCUCUUCCUGACGCUCGAUGUCCUCUACAUCGACGAGUCUUAUCCAAACACGCUCCUAGUCUAUAAAGCUCGCCGUCUCCGCUUCGAAACAGGCAAUUGGGCUCUCCACGCCCGCCACGAGGAAUGGGACGUGACUCUUAGGGAACUCGGAAACAAGUACCUCAUUCGCCCUUUCGCUCUCCUCGCAACACCCAUCUGCUUCCUCGUUGCCCUGUACGCAUCCUUCGUCUACGGCAUCCUCUACCUUUCCCUCGCUUCCUUCCCGGUCGUAUUUCAGGAGCUACGUGGCUGGGAUCAGGUUGUUGGUGCUUUGCCGUUCCUUGCGUACUUGGUGGGCAUACUCUUCGGCGCGGGAAUUAACCUUGCGAAUCAGAAGUUUUAUAUCUCGCGUUUCAAGGCGAAUCAUAAUCGUCCGGUUCCUGAAGCUCGCCUGCCCCCGAUGAUGCUGGGUUCUGUAGUCUUCGCCGCGGGGUUGUUCAUUUUUGGUUGGACGUCCCAGGUAGAUAUUUACUGGUUUCCGUCUAUGGUGGGUGGAGCAUGCAUGGGGUUAGGGUUUUUCACUAUUUUUCAAGCGGCGCUCAACUACCUCAUUGAUACAUUCCAGACUGUUGCUGCGAGCGCAGUGGCAGCGAAUACAUUUCUCCGGAGUGUUUUUGCAGGCUGUUUUCCACUGUUCGCGACAGCCAUGUUCCGAAAUUUGGGCGUGCCUUGGGCGUCUAGUGUGCUUGGGUUUGUGGCGAUUGCGCUCAUUCCGAUCCCGUAUAUGUUUUAUGUGUUCGGUCCCAAGAUUAGGGCGAAGGGAAAGUGGUCUCGUGCAUCGGUAGAUUAA